GACAUUUCUUAUGAAUGUGUAUUACAGAUGUCAGUAAACCCGGGCGGUCGGAGGCUGAAACAGUGGCUAGUAGAGCAGAUCCAGAGCGGCCAGUACCCGGGGCUGCUCUGGGAGGACGACAGCCGUACCAUGUUCCGCAUCCCCUGGAAACAUGCUGGGAAGCAGGAUUACAACCAGGAGGUCGACGCCUCUAUCUUCAAAGUAGGUUCAUUGACACUAAUUUCAAACGAGGAUUUUGUUGAUAGCGGUAGAUUUGAAGAGCAUAUUUAGAUAACGGAUAGGUGUAGCGUAAGCCUACGCUCUUUCCGCACGACUUUUGUCGAGGUACAUACAGCAUACACUUUUUUUUCGCGCCUACAAAUAGAACGGGUGUGAAAUUUUUGUUUUGUUGGUCUAACUAAAACAUUCUCACCACCUGUAACGCACAUAAAUAGGCUACACAUAAAUUGUAGAGUAGGAUGACAUAGUUGACAAUACAUUGAUCUAUGAGUCAUGGGGCUCUAUUUUAACAACACUAACGCAAUGCUAAAUCUAAGUGCUGGCCGUAUCAUUUGGUCUGGGGUGUGUAUUUGGCAGUGGAACGAAAGGGCUGGGUUCGGAUGAAUAAACAAGUUGUAGGUGUGACAAGGGCUUGGCCACUCAACGCAUUUCAUGGCUUAAUACUGCAUGCAUUUGUCUCAAGUUCUGUAGGUUAUUGAUGAUCUUUGCAUUGUCAUCAACUCCAAUUCGGCUGGGGGCAUGGACUAUUCUCGUCCUGGUCCAUUGUGGAUUGAUACUACAGCUUAUUAAAUAGCAUAGGCUACAGUAAUGAGUAAUAGCAACAGUAAAAUAAAUGCAGUGUUUGCUCAAUAGCCUAUGUUUGGAAUGUUGUCAGUCAACAGGGUUGUAAUUGGCUUCAACGAGCCUAGCCUAUAGCUUACAUGUCUUUACGCAUCGCACGUCUCCUAAAAUAUAAAAUUCUAGGCUCCUGCAAAUUGUAAUGUAUGUGUGAGACACAUUCUCAAUAAGCAAAAUAUAGCCUAGGCCUACCGUUGAUAAUGCAUUAUAGGACUGAAUAAUUUAAAUGCGUUUGGAGGAGCGUGUCUUUGGUAACCGGAUGAAAUGCACUCUUUGGAGAUGAGGAUGGAUACUUGAACAAGCGAAAUGAACUAUCUGCGUAUGUGAAAAAUGAAAAAGCAUAAAGAAAAAAACCUCCAAAAUAUUUCUAAGCACUCUCAGUAGACCAUUUAAAACCCCUUUAUCCAUAGGCUACUUGGCUAAUGGCCAGGAUAAAAAUAUGCAUCUAUGCAAUGGGCACUGUGCAUCAUGGCUGGAUAGGCUGCACUUCCGCCUCUCAAAAUCCAUGCCAUUAUCAACUGUGUUACCGUUAAGACCUGCUUUUUGUGGGUCUUAAAACUUCCCAUUAGCGCUCCAUGAAAUUGUCACUUUUGCGCUUGUUUUUAAGGACACACCUCAAAUAUUGCCACCCCUCCCACCUCAGUGCAAGCGAGCUGAUAUUAAACAGGUAAAUUGCCGAACCUGCGUUAUGGCUGGAAAAUGCCAGUGCACCAGUUUUUACACGACAGAAUUGCAAACGAAUGUGCAUAUGACACUUGCGCCUCCUUGGUGCCAGCUGAAAAUAGAGCCCAUGGUCAUAAUAAGUCAAGCAGAGAAAAAUGACAUGGAAAAUCUAAUAUCUUUGUGUAAUUAUAAGUAAUUACAACUUAACAGUUAACAAACAGAACCUGUCCAGUUUCAUGUCAUUACAAUUCAACCUUUGUUUUAUGUAACCUACCUUUAUUUAUCAUGUGAUUAAUUGUAUUCUGCCUAUCAAAGUAGUUGAGUUCUGAUUACUUCUAUGCAUGGCUUCAUCAUGGACUUUUCUAAUCUCUUUCGUCCGGUUCCAGAGCUUUUUGAAUAUUAGAAGUUGUUGAUGGCACCAGCAGGUAUGUGUUAUGUUUGGAUGUAUGUUACUCUUACUCGCUUUAUAAUGCACCUGCUCCCUCCCUGCAGGCCUGGGCUGUGUUUAAGGGUAAGUUUAAGGAGGGGGAGAAGGCUGAGCCUGCUACAUGGAAGACCAGGCUGCGGUGUGCCCUCAAUAAGAGCCCCGACUUCGAGGAGGUGGGAGACAGGUCCCAGCUGGACAUCUCUGAGCCCUACAAGGUGUACCGUAUCGUCCCCGAGGAGGAGCAGAAGAGUGAGUUCAUAUUUCACUGUGGAGACAUUAGAAUAAUGAACAUUAUAAACACCUGUAUUGAAUGGAUGUAGAGUCAAAUUGCGCCCAUGCAAAUGAUUUAUUAAAAAGUCAAAAUGUUUCAGCAGCAGGAUGUUGCCCUGAUCAGAGUUGAAAAAACUCAGAAACCUGGACAAAGACAGCUUGCUGCUGAAACUUGAUUUACAUUUGACCAUCAGCCUUUUCCGUAGUAAAUAGAAAGAAUAGCGGUGACAAUAAUACUAACAACCAUGCUCUCCCCUCUGCUCCAGCAGGUAAAAGUGCAGCAGCAGCUUUGACAUCUAGCUCUGGUGACAUUACUGACAUGGACUGCAGCUCUGCAGACCUGGAGGAGCUCAUCAAAGAGGUGAAACAGGUAUGCUUUUUUUCUUUCCAUCCAUUUCUUCCUUUCCUCUCUCUGUCUAUAUUUCUCACCGACUUCACUCAGUUUUCUUGUUUUUUACUGUCUGUCAAGUUUUCCCUCCUUUUCUGUCUCUCUAUCCUCCGCUAUCAACUAUCUUACCUCUUCUGUUUCUAAAGUAGCUUUUAUAUGUAUGAUUGUUGAUGUAUGGUUGUAUGGUUAUUAGAGACUAAUUGCAUAGUGUGUUAUUCCAUUGUCAGUCUUCCAGUGAUGAGUACCUGGGUAUCAUCAAGAGGAGCCACUCUCCCCAGGAGGAUGGCUGUAGGAUGCAGCCCAGCCCAGAGUACUGGUCCCAGGGCAGUGUCAGUGGUAAGGGUCCUUCUCCACUCAGUCAACGGUUAUUUUCUUUAGCAGUGUCAUCCAAUCUAGACGAGUAUCGCCAACAUGAGGUGGUGUCAUGCCCGUUUAAACACUUUCAUAAAGUGGUGACUGGAACAUAUAUGUAUGUGAAUUAUCUGAUCUAUUUAAUUAGAGUUAGCAAACACCUAUACAUCAUAUUGUCCUUUGUUAAAAGUAUAUGUCUAGCUGUUUUCCAUGAGGACAUUUUUAAAAGGUGUAUAGAGAAACUUGCACGUUUAUGUCUCCUGUAUCAGAGUGGGCAUUAUUGUGGCAUGUUCUAUGCUCUGUGAGGCUACAGUUCCUCCUUUGUGAGAGUUGAGAUUUAUUCAUUUAAAAAUAACUGCAUAUCUAUAGUGAUGCAAAACUCUGUGACAUGACCUUACAGUUAUGGCUUCUAACACAAGCUUGUUUACAUGAUUCUAGAAUUGUAGAGGGGGAAGAAUUGGCUAAUAUCCUUUAGCACUUUGCUGACUAAGGUGUUUUUUUCUUGGUCACGCCGCCUCUGAGUCUUUUGUGCUUGACGGGCUGUAUUUUUUGAUGAAAUGACAAAUAAUGACAUGAUAGAGUGGUCAGAUGUUUUUCACGGUCACUCAAGAUCAUUGCAUCUUAAUGAGCAUGCUGCAUAUGUAAGAGGAAGGAAAUAUUUUAAUUUCAUGAUGGAAAAAAUCUAAACCACAAAGUCAGUUAUCUUUUUUAUUAUUAUUACCCUGCAGUCUUCCCGGGGCAUCAAGAUCCCUCGCCGAUGGGUUCUUUCAAUGCCGGUAUGUUUCCUCAGUAUUUCUAAAUACUGAUUAAUUUAUUUCCAUUCCUCUGCGAGACUUAAUAGAAGACAAUACAGUGGCUAACUCAACACUUUCCUCCCUCUGUUUCCAGCCUUCUCUCAGAUGAUCAUCAACUUCUUCUACGGUGGGAAGCUGAUGGACAGCAUGGUGACCUCUCACGCUGAUGGCUGUCGUAUCUCUCCGGGUCAGCCUCCCUUGGUCCAGCACAGGUCCCCCUACGGUCUCCCAGACAGCCUGCAGAACGUACGUUUCCCCCCCGCUGAGCUCAUUGAGGCUGAGCGCCAACGCCAUGUCACCCGCAAGCUCCUGGGCCACCUGGAGAGGGGCGUGCUGGUCCGUGCCAACCGCGAGGGCAUCUUCAUCAAGAGGCUGUGCCAGAGCCGUGUGUUCUGGAGCGGGCUGGGGGGAUUGGGUCCCCACUACAGCCCUGGGGGGCCCUGCAAACUGGAGAGAGAUGCUGUGGUGAAGAUUUUUGACACAGGAAGGUUCUUCCAAGGUGAGGAGGAAGGAACUCAUGUUGUUUUUGUUGUUGAUUUAUGA